CCUUUCAGGAGGUAGCCGUGUUCUUCACGGAGGAGGAAUGGGCUCUGCUGGAUCCAGGCCAAAGAAAACUCUACUGGGAAGUGAUGGAGGAAAAUUAUAAUAUUGUUGCAUCCCUUGUUGCAGAUAGAAGAGAGAUGGCAAGUGAGAAGGAACCUGGAAGGAUGAUUGUGGGAAGAGAGGAAGAUCUGCACAUGGAUGCAAAAUCUGGAGACAGGUUGUUACCAAAGAGGCAAUGCAGAAGGAAAACAGAAGCAAAGCAGAAGCAGAGGAAGAAAUUGGUAGCCUGUCAGAGCAGGAAGAUGCAGAAGGCCCCAAUCCAAGAUGAAAGGCAGAUGAAAACAAGAAAGCAGAAGAGACCUGUGAUAGAAAAAAGGUUCAGCUGCAAAAUCAGUCUGAAAAAAUAUAAAAAAUAUGCAACCUGCCAGAAAAGAUACAAAUUUUUUGGGCGUGGAAAGAGCUUCCACUGGAGUACUGAACUAACUGCCCAUCAGAAGGCUCUCACAGGGGAGAAGCCAUAUAAAUGCUUGGAGUGUGGAAAGAGCUUUUCUCGCAAUGGCAACCUGACUGUGCAUCAAAGGAUUCACACAGGCAAGAAGCCAUAUAAAUGCUUGGAGUGUGGAAACAGCUUUUCUCAGAAUGGCAACCUAACAGUACAUCAAAGGAUUCACACAGGGGAGAAGCCAUAUAAAUGCUUGGAGUGUGGAAAAAGCUUUUCUCAGAAUGGCAACCUAACAGCACAUCAAAGGAUUCACACAGGGGAGAAACCAUAUAAAUGCUUGGAGUGUGGCGAGACCUUUUCUUACAGUAACCACCUAACUUUGCAUAAAAGGAUUCACACAGGGGAGAAGCCAUAUAAAUGCUUGGAGUGUGGAAAGAGCUUUUCUCGCAAUAGCCACCUAACUGCUCAUCAAAGGAUUCACACAGGGGAGAAGCCAUAUAAAUGCUUGGAGUGCGGAAAGAGCUUUUCUCACAACAGCAGCCUAACUGCUCAUCAAAGGAUUCACAUGGGGGAGAAGCCAUAUAAAUGCUUGGAGUGUGGAAAGAGUUUUUCUGAGAAAGGCACCUUAACUAAACAUCAAAGGAUUCACACAAGGGAGAAGCCAUAUAAAUGCUUGGAGUGUGGAAAGAGUUUUUCUGAGAAAGGCGCCUUAACUAAACAUCAAAGGAUUCACACAAGGGAGAAGCCAUAUAAAUGCUUGGAGUGUGGAAAGAGUUUUUCUGAGAAAGGCGCCUUAACUAAACAUCAAAAGUUUCACACAAGGGAGAAGCCAUAUAAAUGCUUGGAGUGCAGCAAGAGCUUUUCUGAGACUGGCAGCUUAACUAAGCAUCAAAGGAUUCAUACAAAGGAACAGCCAUAUAAAUGCUUGGCAUGUGGAAAGAGUUUUUCUCAGAAUUGCAGCCUAUCUAAACAUCAAAGGAUUCACACAGGAGAAAAGUCAUAUAAAUGCUAGGAAUGUGGAAAGAGCUUUUCUCCGAAUUGCAGCCUAACUGCACAUCAAAGGAUUCACACAGGAGAGAAGUCAUAAAAAUGCUUGGAGUGCAGCAAGAGUUUUUCUGAUAAUGGCAACCUAACUAAACACCGAAGGAUUUCACACAGGGCAGAAGCUAUAUAAUUGCUUGGUGUGUGGAAAGUGUUUUUCUCACAAUAGCCAUCUAACAGUGCAUCAAAGGAUUCACACAGGAGAGAAGUCAUAAAAAUGCUUGGAGUGUGUAAAGAGCUUCUCUGAGAUUGGUACGUUAAGAGCACAAGGUGUCACACAGGGGAGAAGCCAUAUAAUUGCUUGGCGUGUGGACAGUGUUUUUCUCGUAAUAGCUAUCUAACGAUGCAUCAAAGGAUUCACACAGGAGAGAAGUCAUAAAAAUGCUUGGAGUGUGGAAAGAGCAUCUCUGAGACUGGUAUGUUAAGAGCACAUCUAAGGAGUCACACAGGGGAAAAGCCGUAUAAAUGUUUGGAAUGUGAAAAUAGCUUUUCUUAUAAUAUCCACCUAACUGUGCAUCAAAGGAUUCACACAGGGGAGAAGCCAUGUACAUGCUUGGAGUGCAGAAAGAGCUUUUCUCACAGUGAUAGCCUAACUGCACAUCAAAGGAUUCACACAGGGGAAAAGCUAUAUGAAUGCCUGGAGAAAGUGCUAUGUUCAUAGCGGCUGUCUUACCUUAUACCACAAGAAAGUCAUAUAAUCACAGUUAAUUUUCUUUACAUCAGUCUUGCAGCAUUCUGCACAUUUAGUAAAAAAAAGUACUGAAUAACGCUUGGAAUUGUUCUGUUUUUCUGUUAUUUGUUUUGUUGCCUAUUUUAAUUUUCGGUGGUUGGAUAGUUUUGGUUCUCUUACAUAAAAAUUGAAUGGUUGUUUCAUUUCUGUUUUUUUUUUAAAUACAUUUUAUUGGGUGAGUUGACAUACAAAUUAAGUAAUAUACAUUUUUUACCCCAUAUAUUCUUGUUUCUUCCCCCACACACCCUCCCCCCUUUUCUUGUUAGACUUCCAACAGUUUUCCAACCCCUUGUCCAUAUGUAUAUCUGAUUUUAAGCUUGUUCAUUAUAUCUAAAAUACCAAAAAAAGCUGUUACUUAUAUGCUAAUAUAAUCUUUGUCAUUAAUCUGUUAUUUCUAGCGGUAAAGAAAACCUAUCUCCCUCCUUCAAUAGUUGUCCAGGGACCACAAUUUUCCCCUUAUGUCCCAUCUAUUUUCCAUAAAUCGCUUAAAUGUUUCCCAGUCCUUCAUAAAUCCUUCUGAAUCUUGUUCUCUUAUUUUUCUUGUUAAUUUGUCCAUUUCUGCCAUAUAAAGUACUUUCCGCAUCCAGUCUUCUAUACUCAGUAUUUCUUGUGUCUUCCAUAAUUGUGCAUAUAAAAUUCUUGCAGUUAUCAUAUACAAUAUUAAUGUUUUGUCCUCAGUCGCAAAAUCUUCUAAUUUCAUACAUAGCAAUAACAACUCUGGGGUUUUAGGUACACUUUUUUGAAACAAAUCUUACAUCACAUCAACAACAUUCCCCCAAAAUAAUGAAGUACUGAGUGAAAUCAAACUGAUAACAGGUUAUACAGUCCCAUUAGAUCCCAAAUUAAUUUUUCUAGAUCAAUGGGAAGAAUUGACAAUCCCAAAAAUUAGAAGGGAGCUUAUAGCAUCCUUCCUUGUUGCAGAAAAAAGCGUCAUAGCUACGUUCUGGAAGGCUAAUCACAUACCAACAAUUGAGAAUUGGUUGGGGAAAAUAUGGAAUAACUUUAUUCUUGACAAAGUAACCGACGACAUACAUAAAGCCGAACACUUCCCUGCGGAUACAAAUUUUGUCGAAAAAUGGUUCCCCUUUUUCACUUAUAUAGAAAGAAAUAAUCUUCAUCCAAAAUCGAAACUUUUACAAACUAUUACAAACUCUGGUUAUUUUACAUUGUAAUUAUGUGUAUAUCUCACCUAACCAUUAAGGAACAUUAUGAUAAUGCUAAUUGUUGUAUUAUUCAGCUCUGUAAAUCACUAAUGAUAGACAAUGUUAUCACACUGGACAAUCCCAAAAUUGUUUGUAUAUGUAUAAUAUUGGUUGAUCUGUUAUUUGUUGAUUGUUAAUUGUUAUAUGUAACUUGCCAA